AUGUCCAGUCCUUUGGACGAGCGCAAGACUUUCCAUCUGCAGGAAAAGCAAGAUGGCAAACGCAUCAAUUCCGACGAGGUGACACCCACCUCCGAUGAUGGCACGUACGUCCACGAUAGCCAGACUGAAGAACGGGUCAACCGUUUAAAAGUCGAUACCUCGUACCCCGACGACCAUCCCCCUCCCAUGAGCACACCCUCGGCGCGUCGCGAACAAUCCACUCGACUGGAAGAUGAUUUGAUGCUGUUGCAGGCCGAGCGCGUGGCUUCGCGAUCGACCCAGGGUGAACAUGGCGAAGGUGAGCGGAACUCGAUCAGUCGGUCGCGAUCCCGUCGCAGUGAAGCCGUGGACGAGUUCGACGAGGCGACAAACCCGCUUCACGAAAAGGCAGCCGUUUACAAACCCCCCGAGAGCCCCAAUACGAAGCUGUCGGCAUUUGUGAAGAAAAUCCAUCAGUCCAGCUUCAUGGUCCGGUACCUGACCUACAUUCUGCCCGUGGUGCUGAUUCUUCUGAUUCCUUUGCUCGUCGGAGCUCUGAAGUUCACGAACGCAAGUGUUGGUGGCGUGGAACUGAUGUGGUUCUCGAUCUGGUUGGAAAUUGUGUGGUUGACUCUCUGGGCUGGACGAAUUGUUGGAAAAUGUAUCCCUCCGGCAGUUGGUGUCCUGGCCAGUAUCUUCACCAAUAAUGCGAAGAAGUGGCGCGACAUGGCUUAUCAGCUCGAACUUCAUGCAGCUCUCUUCUUCUGGUGGUUGGGCGUGGAGAUUUCCUUCCUGCCAACUAUGAAGAACCACCACGUCGAUGGUAACAAGGGUACCCGCAGCUGGGAGAACACGGUCAAUAAGAUCAUCAUCACGAUCUUCGUUUGGACCAUUCUCAAUCUCAUUGAGAAAAUCAUCAUCCAGCUUAUUGCCAUCAGCUUCCACCUGCGUACCUAUGCCGACCGCAUCGAGAUCAACAAGUUCCAGAUUGGUAGCCUGGUUAAGCUGUACGCCUGGUCCCGUGACCGCAUCGAGGAGACCGACGAGGCUUUCCAAGAGAAGAGCACCGACGGGACCCCAAGUGGCGUCAAAACGCCUUUGCACUACGCCGGAAUUGCCCACAAAGCUGCGAAGGGUGCUUUGAACAAGGCCGGUAAUAAGGUAGCCGAUAUGGCUGGAGCUGUCGCCGCUGAUUUCACGGGCCGCAAGGUCCACACCAGCACUGAUCCCUACCAGGUCAUUCGCACUCUACUCCGCACUACAUCAGGUUGCCAGGUUCUGGCUCGUCGUUUGUAUCGCACUUUCGUGCGGGAUGGAUUCGAGACCGUAUUCUCUGGCGACCUCAAGGAGGCCUUUGACAACAGCGAGGAGGCCGAGGCGGCCUUUUCCAUGUUUGACCGUGACAUGAACGGUGAUAUCUCGAUGGAAGAGCUCGAGUCUGUCUGUGUGGACAUUGGCCGUGAGCGCAAGUCGAUCACUGCUUCUUUGAAGGAUCUCGACUCGGUCGUGUCCAAGUUGGACGAGAUCUUCAUGUUCUUCGUCAUUGUCAUCGUCCUCAUCGUUUUCCUGUCUCUGAUCUCGACCUCAGCUGCUGGUGUUCUUACCUCGGCUGGAUCAAGUAUCUUGGCCCUUUCCUGGCUGUUUUCUGCUACGGCCCAGGAAUUCCUCCAGUCCGUCAUCUUCGUCUUUGUCAAGCACCCCUUUGAUGUCGGUGACCGUGUUACUGUCUACGGUAACACCGGCGAUGCCGGUCUGGGUGAUGAUUUCUUCGUCAAAGAAAUUACUCUUCUAUAUACGGAAUUCAAGAAGAUGCAGGGUCAUGUCGUUCAGGCGCCUAACAGCUAUCUGAAUGGCCUGUUCAUUCUCAACCAGCGUCGUUCUGGCGCCCUUGCCGAAGCAAUCCCUAUCAUUAUCAAGUACGGGACCACCAUCGAUCAGAUCGACGGUCUCCGCCAACGCCUCUUGGAGUUCGUGCGCAGCGAAAAGCGCGAUUUCCAGAGCAAUAUUCUGACCGAGUUGCGUGCCGUUACCGAAAACUUCUCCCUCACUCUCAACGUCGUCUUCUUCUACAAAUCCAACUGGCAAAAUGAAGGUCUGCGUCUGCAGCGCCGCAACAAGUUCAUUUGCAUGCUCAUGAUCGCUCUCCAAGAGAUCGGCAUCGAGGGCCCACGCAUGAACCUCCAGGGUGCCAAUGUCGACAUCCCCUUCCACGUCAACUACGGUCAGCCUAUGAUGGCGCCCACCCCGAAGAAGGACGACGACGCUCAGGAGAUCGAAGAAGUACCCAUUGGAAAGGAGUCGGGAUCUCUGGCCGAAAACACCGGCACCAGCAGUGCAGUUCGCCAGCACUCUAUCUUGCGCAAGGGCAUGAACACUGCGGCAGCCCGCGCCCGCGGUCAGUCCACAUCGCGCAAGCAUGUCGACUUCUCUCUCGGCAUGUCCAACAUGUCCUCGAACGAUAUCAUGGGCGAUGUAUUUGAGGAUCGCGGCGUCCGCGUCGAUGAUGUCGUCCGCACUGCCAACCGGGAGACUCAGGAGCGCCGCAUUCAAGAGGCCGUGGAGGAGGAACAAGAAGAGCGCCGGAGCCAUGGCUCGUCUCGAAUUUCCUCGCGCCACCGGCGUCCUUCUAAUCUGAGCGGCCCCUCAAAUGGCCGCCCUUCGACGGAAGCCCCUAGCUUCACGAGCGGCACCUCGUCGACUCGGAAUCGCUUCUUCCGUCACCGUGCUAGUGUCAGUCACGACCGUGAUGAUCUGAUGGAGCAGGGACGCGUCGACUCGCCUCCUCCCGCGGCCGUGGUGCAAGCUACGCAGGACCAGCAGCAGCAUCGACAUGAACAUCCGUAUUAA